AGCGAUUCUCAAUCAGAUCAGCUCAACAUGGCUCCAAAUCAUGAUAUCGCUACGCGUGCACUUGUUGUUACUCUCAAAUCCGUUGCAGGAAAGUCGAAUAGUGAGGUCUGUUACCUUACAGGCCUUCCCGAGUCUACUGUUCGAAGUAUAUAUGCCAAAGCUAUCAAGAGAGGAUUUGAAUAUAACGCCUCACAACCUGUUACUAUCUGCAACGCUCACCUUGAAGAUGCUCCUCGCUCAGGACGCCCUACUAAAGAAACCGAGGCUUCAAGAGGGAGUCAAUAUCUCUGCUACAACAGUGCGCCGGAUACUCAAGAAGGCAGGCUACAAGAAGACGAAGCCGACGAGGAAGCCUGGGUUGACCAAGAAGAUUAGGGAGGAGAGACUAGCCUGGUGCAAGGAGCGAGAGAAGUGGACUCUUGAGGAUUGGAAGAAUGUUAUAUAGACAGAUAAGACCUCUGUAGUCCUUAAUUACCGCCGUGGAGGAUAUCGGAUCUAGAGGAAAUCUAAUGAAGCUUUUCUACGCAGUACUAUACGUAAGAGGUGGAAAGGCUACUCUGAGUUUAUGUUCUGGGGGAGCUU